ACCCACUGCUUAUUCCAACGUGAGCGAACCACCAGCGUCCAGUGUUGCUGCUCAGUUUGGCCACAGCGACUUGUGCGUCUAUUUUGGUAUCUUCUGAGCUUGCUAUCAGGAGCCUGCCCACACCAGUGCAUUUUAAACAUGGAUCUGAGGGCUUGACUCACUUUGGUGAGUUUUCUUUGUUUGAUAACUUCAACAGAAAAACUUUGUUCACCGUGAAAGGCAACCGCUAAUUGGGAUUUCUUCAUGCUCGGCAGGUGGUACCUUACUGGAUUUUUUGAUUCUACCCUGAGGAUUUGUUUGAUACCCGAGUCUAGAGAAGACCCUCACCCUCAGAAUGAGAGAGACCCAUCACCAAGGAGGUUUUCAUAUGCCGCGACUUCCCUGACAUCAACCUGAGCUGCAAAACCAACAAAAGACCUACAGAGCUGCAGAGCUGCAGAGCUGCAGCAGCUGUAGAGGAGACAAGACUGGUGAUGCACAAGACAGAAAGACACUUGUUAACAUCAUGAGCUGUGUGGAAAAGCGACAUGUGAGCCAUCGGGGGGGGAGCAUGCUCCACCAUCGCUUCCCCAAUGGCUUCACUGACGUGUUCAUGGAUGAGACGGACCGGGAGGUCAGCACUCUCACUGACCGAGCCUUCCGAAGUCUCUGCGUUGGAGAUGACGCAGUUUAUAAUGAUGAGUUGCUGUAUGGAUAUUCACCUUUCAGCUGCCAUAAACCCUUGGCAGGGGAGCCUCUUAAAAAGACUCAUCAUAAGGAAUCUAAAAAGCACGGGCAAAAGAAGUGUGACAAAAAUAAUGCCCAGCCGUGGAAACAGCAGCAGCAAAAGAAUAUGUCCAACAUGACAUCUUUCCUUAAGGCAUUGAGUGCCACAGAGGAAAGCUGUGAGGGGAUGUUAAUCAAAAAUGGAGGUAUUAUGGAUUCUAAUGGGGAAUCAUGGGAUAAGUCAGCACUGCGCAGCAUCCAAAAGGAGUUAUCGGAAUUCUCCACGGAUUAUCACCCCAAUCUGAGGGAGGGACAUUACAAGAACCAUCAUCGACAUCACUCUGGCGGUGGUUCAUCUAACAAAACAGGCAAAGAUGCUGCCCUGCCCUCAGGGAAAUCCUCAAAGAUCAAAAACGGGAAAACCACUGUCAAACUAAGGAAACUUAACAUCAAAAACUUUUUCCUCCACAGUGAGUUAAGCCCUUUCCAAACUUGGAGAGAUUUUAAACACUUCCCCUUUGGCCAAGAGGAGACAGUAACAUCUAUUCGUCCCACAGAUAAAAUCCCUAAAUGGUUCGACUUGCCAUUUUACAAGGAACUGACAGAUGCACACAGAAAAGAGACUCUGCACACAGUGGAGGAGCAGUCAUGCCAGAAAGCAGCAGUAGAGCCCCCUCCUCCCACUGCUCCGAAACCCAUCCCUCCCCCUCCUCCACCAAAAGUCCUGCCAAAGCCCUCAGCUACUCCGGCUGAGAAGAGGUGCUCUUCGGAGGGAGGAGAUGGGAUUACUGCCCCCUGGAGGCGCAACAGGUCAAGGGCAACAAGUGCAAUUCCAGUCAAUCAGCCAGAAAUACCAAGUCAGGACAAUUAUUCAAAGCCGGUUGAUGAAACUCUUUUGUUGGUCAAAAAGGAGCCUAAAUCUGUGGAGGUGAAAGCGAUAGAGGAGGUCAGCUCUUUGGCCUCUACUCCAUUCAGCAUCUGCCAACUGAUGACUCCUCUCAUUCCCUCCAGACAACCAACGGAAACAUCAGAGAUCCUCUCAGUCUUCUCGCCCUCUGCCCUUGACCUUCCACUUAGACCACACUCUGAGGUCAAAGUGACCCCUGAACCUCCAGUCAAGCGGGAGAGCUACAAAUCCCUUGCCUCUAGCAUCCUCUUCAACCUCAAAGACAACAGGAAAAGGGUUAAAAGCCGUUACAGCCCGCCUAAAUUCAAAACUAUAGAGUUGCCUGAUGGUGGCAUCCAGUCUCCACAAUCAGAUCAAUAUAAGCAUCCACAUGCUGGCUCUGAGGGCAAUGCAUCUGGCUUUAACACCCCUGCCAUCUUUAGAGGUGGACAGACAGUUUGCAGUCCUAUCUUGGAACCCGACAGCAGCCCAACUGUUGGUCUUACAAACAACGAUACUAACAGGCCUCUAUCAGUUGACUAUUUGUUAUCAAAUCUACUGCAAACCAAAAAGGAGGCUGGUAAUGGUGAGGAGAAUCCGAUGUCCCCCUUUACACGCCCUAAAAAGAACAGGAGCCCCAUGGGUAAGAAGCAAAUCUACCCCUCUCUGAAUUUGUACAAGAAAACCAACCCUGUUGAUAGUGAUUUGAAAUAUGUUCAAGUUCCUGCGAGCACUGUUGCUCCUGUACACACAGACCAACUAACUGUGACAGAUGAACUUUCACCACUAAUGCUCAACAAAGAACUCUCCCCAACAGCACUGCCAAUAAACACAUGGCCUUUACCAAACACUUUAAAUGUCAGCAAAGAUCUAUCACCCAUAAUUUCACCCCGUGCCAUUGAGAACGAGAGGUUGUCAUCAAAUUUAUCGGUAGGGAAAAGACUCACAAAUUUACCAGACAAAGCAAAACAGCUGGUGAAAGACACAAAAGAAAUAGACUCUGGAGCUCAGCCUGCUUUUAAGGAAAAAGAGGCUAGUGGCCAAACCAUGAGCACAAUGGAUGUGAUCAGAGCAGCGAGGGAAGCAAUUAAUUCAGCGAAAAACAAAGCUCUAUCUGCGACUCAGCCAGAGAGCAUCAAUAAGCCAAUUUCAGACGUAGAAGAAAUGAAAGAGAGAGAAGUAGAUGAGAAGGUCGCCUAUUCAAAGGAAAAGGUUAGCAACAAGAGGGAGGGUUCAUUAUCAGAAAACAACAAUGUUUUCUCUCAAAGUAGAAAUGAAUCAACUGGUACAACACUGGUUGGCAAGAAUCCUGUCAAGAAAGAGCCACCGCCAGUUCCAAAGAGAAAUUUUGCAAAAUCUGAUGUUGAAUUUGCUUUUGACAGACAUCAGACACAUAAUGUUGACAAACCCAGUAGGUGUAAUUCAGUGGAUGCGAAACUAGAUCUACCAGAGAAAGAAAAUGAAUCUGUCCCAAAACAAGCAAAGAGCAAACAUGUGUUCUCAGCCAGACAGAACAAUUACAUAAAAAAUCAGAGAUGUGCAGUGACGGAUGAUGAUCAAGGACAGGAAUACGAGGAACGUGAUCCGAAUGUGAGUACAAGGUCAGAGAUGGAUGAGAAUAUGACGUCACUAAGACAAACGAGAGAUAGUGAGCAUAUUAUGAAUGAUUUGCAUGCUCUGAAAGAGCUGCAGAGAGCAAAGCUUGGCGAUCGCAUACUUGACAACACCAGGAACAAGUUUGGGAUUAUUAACAUUGAUGAGGAGGCCAGGGCGAAGAAUGAUUUGAUCUCAAGGGAGCUUCGUAAUAUAAAGAAGGGCAUGCUAUCUAUGAGAGGGAACACAUCAGCUAAGAGAGAUGUGUUUUCCAAGACAGAGAAGGAACAGAGAAAGCAGGAGGCUUUCACAAAGAAAAACACUAACGUCAUGGUAAACAAAGCACUUCUAAAUGACAAUUAUGACAAAGCCAAAAUGGCACUUGAAGAGAUCAUUUCAGAGAGGGAGAAGCGAAGGAAUAAAUUCGACGAUAGAGACGAUGAUUCGACAUUUGAUGAGAACGCUAGCGAUGAAAGUUAUGUAACAAGGGGACAGCAAUGUCAAAACGCAAUGAAUGAUUCAAUGAUGGAGGGCAAGGAAAGACAAAAUGGCAGCAUUUCUGCAUUAAAUGAGAAAGAUCUAAAGGAGAGGUUAUGCGAUCUGAGAGACCGCAACCACGUGAGGCAGAUUCUGUCACUAACCGAGCCUAGACAUGGUGAGACUCACAGACUGGGUGGUAGGAAAGUUCUACCUGUCACGGAAAAGGUUGGCAAUGAGCUAGACCCACUCCUUAAAACUAAACAUGUUAUUGAUAAACAAACUGAUAAUCCUAGCUAUGAAUCAGAGGUGGUGGAUUUCAGACAUGUAGCGAGACAGGUGUCUGAAGACAGUGGUGAAAGUCUGAGUAAUGAAAUCGGAGGCACAAAGUUAGAUGCUCCGCCUGUUCCUCCGAGGAGUAAAAAAGGAGGCAAUAGAAGAGAUGGCAGCACUACUAAGGAAAUACAUAUUUCAAAUGAUGCAGUAGAUGAGGAUGCCUGGGACGAAGUCAUGAAAUAUGAAAACGGUGAGGUGUGCUUGAAUGAGAUGAGGAGGACAGGCUCAGGAAAACAAGAAGAAGACAGUGACCAGUUCACAAAAGAAACUCUGCCCAUUCAAAAUGAACAACUUUCUGAUGAAGACAUGUGGGAUUUGGUAAUUAAUGCAAAUUCAAAAUCCAUCAAAGCUCCUCAUGCAGUUAAAUGUGAGCCCAUCUCAUCUUCAAAUUACCUACAAUCUGAAAAUAGCUUGCACUUGUCACCAAAGUUCAAGGGAGAUGAAAACGAGCCGACUGAUUUACAGACAGUGGGCGCCAAAGGGGAAACCACCUUUGAAAACAGCAAUGCAAAGUCACAGGAAGCAUGCAAGGUAAAGAGAAAGGCCCCUUUAAGACCGGACCAUCUGCUAAUCACACCAGAUGACAAAGUAAACAAGAAUAUAGCUGCAGAAGAGGAAUCGGACAAAACAUAUAGACACACUGAGGAAGUAAAUGUAGAUACAGAGGCCGUCAGUGAAACGCCCAUAAACAUAAUAUCACCUUUACUACUCGUGAAUGGUGUUAGUGUCAAUCAGAGCCCACCUGAUCAAGCUAGCUUGUCCUCAAAAUCCUCUUACUUCUCUGCAGAUAGCGCACUGCACAGAAACACUGAGACUGAGUCCAACCUUUACCACUCACUGGAGAACUUGAUCGGAGAGGUGGAGGAGGGAAUGCAGAAUGUUCCACAAAACAUGAAACACGAUUUGGACAGGACUGAGGUGGAGUAUUAUUCUUUGAGUGAUCAUGAAAGUGAGUCAGAGGUUAUGAAGCGAGCGAUAGCAGCGCUUCAAAAAGAGCCAGAAGUGCCCGACGAUGACAGCAAGGACAGAGACAAUAUCACUGCAGAUGAAAGUUUAACUCAUGAUGAAAAAACUCCAAUGACACCAACAUCACCCCCGAACACGUUCUCACCAACUUUGGCAACCCCGUCUUUAUUUAAAGUCAAAGACAACACUUUUAAUAUUAAGCCGAAGAAGAAACUACAGCCUUGGUUACUGGGAGGUAGUCUGGGUGGUUCAGAGAGGGGAGAAGAUCAAGCAAAGGAAAACCCAGAGCUCACACUGGUUAAUGAGACCACUACCAGUGAUACCACCUUUACCCUCCAGCAGAAACCUUAG